AUGGACUCCAACCGCAUUUCACCUCCAUUGGGGACAAGACCUGGCGGCAUCAACAAGGGCCCAAGAGCGUGUGCUACGUGCGCGAGGGCGAAGAGCAGGUGCAUUUCCGGCCCACGAGGACAAGAGAAGUGUGAGAGAUGCCAUCGCCUACAGAAGCCUUGCUCUUCCCAGACCCCAGCACCAGCAAGGAAACGCAAAGACCCCAAGCCUACCCGCGUGGCUGAACUCGAGCGGCGUCUGGAAGAUCUCACGGCCCGGAUCGAGUCUGUUCAGCGCCAGGGGCCCGUGGCGCUAAGCCCGCCCGAUUCGGACCACUAUGUCCUCCCCUCCUCGCUCGAACCCCCGGCAGUUGCUCCUGAGCCGAGCAGCCUUCCGCCGCCGGGCACGUUCUGCAAGGGCUCAGUGAGAACGACCGAGCAAGGACGUUGGACCGGCCCGUAUGCGCACUUGUUUCCGGGCCAAUCUCUUUUUGGGGAAGGGCAGCCGGCGUCUACCAGUAACGGUAACAACAACAAUAGCACCACAGCACCGACCUCCCUCAUAUCCCCCUCUUCCCCCUACCCAACCCAACCCGACUACCAACCAACCUCCUCUUCCUCCCACCCCGCACUACAACCACCACCACCACAACCUUUUCCAACCUCCGCCUCCGCCGACGACCCCUGGCCCACAGGCGACGAAGCCGAAUCCCACCUAACGAUGUACCACGAACGCUUCGCCCACCUAUUCCCCUUCAUCAUCGUGCCCACCCACCUGACGGCGGCACAGAUGCGGGUGCAGCGACCGUUCCUGUGGAAGGCGAUCAUGAUCGAGACGAGUUUGUUCAAUGGGGCGCGACAGAUCCAGUUGGGGGAUGCCUUGCUGCGGGAGAUGGGCGAGGUGUCGUUUAUGGGGGCUAAUGGUGGGGGGAUGGGAGGGAGGAAGGGGGAGGGAUUGUUGGAUUUGUUGCAGGGGGUGCAGAUGUUGAUUGAUUGGUACCAUUACAACUUGAACAACUUCCAGAUGGUCAAUCUGCUGUUCCUAGCGCAGUCGGUCACAGCGAGCCUGGGUACCGUUGAACCGAACGAGGAAGGGGAUUAUGACACCGAGGCGCUGGAGCAGAUGCGAGCCUUUGCCACGACAUACUAUCUCGUCACCCUGACCUUCACCACCAACAAACGCCCCGACUCCCUGAUGAACAACAUCAACCUCUCCUACCUAACCACCUGCUGCCACGUCCUGCUCACCCGCAUGGAGCACCCAACCGACGAGCUCGUCGUGCACCUCGUGCGCGCCCAGCGCCUGCUCCAGAGCAUCUCACAGGGGUUCGCCCGGCGCAAGGCCAUGCUAAAAGAGAGCCGGGUGCCGCAGACGGCGUUUGUGGCGGCGCUCAAGGAGCGUGUACGCGGGUUUGCGGCUGCGCUGCCGGCGCAUGUUAAGGGGAAUGUCUCCCUCGAAGGCCACUUCCUCGUCGCAGAAAUCCUCAUCUACGAAAACAGCCUUGAAGAACUCUCCCACUGCCCCAUGCGCUGCUUCCAACCCCAAUCACCACAACAACCGCGUCAACAAGACCCCAACACCAACAGACUCAACCGCCUCAACCCUUCCAGUCCCGCGACCAGCCUGUCCCCACCAUCAACAGACGAACAAAACGCAAACCGGGUGCAGAUGCUCUGGGACUGCGCGCGCGUCGUCGAAGCCUUCAUGUCCCGGCGUUUUGCCCACGAAACGGGUGACUUCCCGCGGUUCAUCUCGCUGACGUCGCUGGACUUGACUUAUGUUUUUUUGACCAUGUUGAAAUUGGCUACGCUGCAGGUGCCCGGGUGGGAGUUGGAGGAGGUUAGGAGGGAGUUGAGGUUGUAUGAGCGGAUGGACCAACUGAUACGACGCAUGGAACACUCGGCCAACAAACGCAAACGGGCGACCCAGAGGCGCGACUGGCCGAUCGACGAACGGGAAGAGGCCGAGGACCCAUUUGCCAAACUCGCACGCAAAGUCGCCAACGUACGGGAUAUCAUAUCCGCCACAGCCUACGACAGCGGCUUCGCCACCUCGCAAGUCGCCCGCGUAGUCGACCCCGCACCCAUGACCCUAGCCGACGCGACACAAGAUCUGAUGCAGGAUCUGGGCGGCGGCGGGCUGUGGCAGCCCGACGCCGCGGGGGCCGGUGGUGCUGGUGGCCUCAAUCUCAACAAUUGUUCUGGGUUUGGGGAUAUGUUACCUGAGUGGGACUCGUUGGAGGGGGUGGAUUGGGCGGCGGUUUUUAGUGGGGAUGCGGUGUGUGAGGGGUUUUAUGCGAGUUGA